AUGGCAACGGGGCCGUAUCGCAUCGCGCGGAGAGAGCGCCCUGACACCGUGACUCCGUGCGUGGAGGAUGAGGACGAGGACGUCGAGCAGGGCGACAGGCUCACUGCGAGGGCCGCGCCGCCCGCCGCCCCCAAGCUGACGCUGUGGACGCCGGGGCACUUGGACGGCCUGCACGACGCGCUGCUGCAGGGGACGCCGCUCCGGGCGCAGCUCACCGCCCUGCCCGAGGCCGAGGUCGUGGCCGGGGCCGACACUCGGCGCGGACGGCAGCGGCCCGCCGCCACGGCCAAGCUGUCCCUGUGGGUGCCGCGAGGCCAGGAGCAGGACGCCGCGGAGGCCGCCAGUGAAUGGCAGGACGAGUCCGCCAUGGUGGUCCGUGAGGCCGCCCAGGACGACGGAGACCUCGAGGACGACGCCGUGCCCAUGUCGACGUCGUGGCUGAGGGACAACGGCCUCGCCGCGCCCUCCAGGAUCGCCAGGGCGGCGACGACGUCGUCGCCGGCCGGCUCGCGGGUCGUCCCCAGGGCACUGGGCCACUUCCGGCGGAAGCGCGCCGCCUCCCCAGGCCCGAACGAGGCGAGCAGCGAGGACGCCUCGGUGGCGGCGGACAGCAGCCAGAAGGUGCCGCCCCCACUGCAGCAAGCCAAGGCGGCGCGCGGCCACCAGUUCAUCACGGGCCGCAACGAGAAGGAGCCGCCGCCAGUGGUCCGCGAGGUGGAGGUGCCGUCGUCGUCGUCGGGCACCUCCGGCGUUCAGCGGCCCGGCCAGCAGGAUGCCAAGCAAGACGCGCGGUCGCCGCCGCCGCCGCCCACGCACUCCUCCCCAGUGCAGUCGGGCUCCUCGCGCGUCGGCGCGGGCAGGGACGCCCUGGGUCUGCGCGUCAAUGAGAUCCCGCAAGGACCAAGGUACUCUUCGGUGUACGAGGGCGAGACGCUGCGACACGCCGCCGACCACCGCCACUACACGGCGGAUAGUUACGGCAGCCUGAACGCCUACUCCUCCAACUACGCCGGCAGCUACGGCAGCAGCAGCAACCUGGCCGCGUCCUACCCACCGCCGCAGCCACCCCCGCCCGCGCACCCCCGCAGCGCGCCGACGGCCACUCCGCGUCGCAUCAUCUACUACGCGUCCCUGCCCGACCCGGUGCCCCAGCCGAACCUGCAGCAGUACCAGCCGCAGCACUUGCCGCUGCCCCAACAGCUGCCCGGCUCGUCCAGGGUGCCGCACGAGUACCGCGGCCCGCCGUACGACGUCAACGGUGCCUACUCGUCCGACGCACGCUACCCGCCACCGCCCGGCGACAACCCCUACAGGUACACCAUCAUCGACGCCGAGCCACCGGGCCCGGUGCUGGGCGGGUACCGGUCCAACGCGCUGCCCUACCGGGACCGCCUGCCUGGCGCCGGCCCCGCCCCCGCCGCCUACCCGCAGCCCUACCGCAUCAACCCUCCGCUGCAGGCCGCGCCGCCCUCUCCAACGCCGGACGCGGGGCCGCAGGCCGCAUCCCCCAUCCAGUACACGCAGUACGACUACAACGGAAUUGGCGCGCGCACCGCCACGGCCUCCGCGCUGCUGGACUCCAAGCAGGGCCUGCCGCUGCCGCCCGGGCCGCCCCUCAGCGACGACCCGUACAGAGGCUUCAACCCGCGCCAGCCCGCGCCCUGGUCCAUGCAGGUCGGCACGCGGCUCACCGUCAAGGACGACGGCUACGGCGGCGGCAGUGCGGGCGGAGGGCUGCCCCCCGCGGCGCGCCGCUUCUACGUAACGAGCCAGCAGCAGCCCGGCUACGGCGACGCGCUCUACGGCCCGCAGCCCGCCCGCUUCCCCCGGCCUCUGGACCGCCCCGGAGCACUGCAGGGGCUGCAGGCCGGCUCCGAGGCCCGCAACCGACUGUACCGCUGA